CUUCAGUAUCCACAUUUGAUUCCAUAUAAACGGAGUUCAAUUAACAUCUUCCAGAGGUACCCUUUGAACGUACGGCCAGGAUCUAUUAGUCGGCGCCCAGGUGAUGCAACCCAGCUCCAUCGCCUUAACCUUUUCAUAAACUAAUCUAUACUACUAACUAUAUAUAAUUAUUCAUAUGUUUACGAGACAACUGUUCUGGGUUAUAUAGAAUUCUUGGGUGCAUGUGAUUCACUUUGGCAGGCCAAGCUGUUGUUUUGAUGAUUGUCUGGUAAUCCAUUAUAUAAGGGGGCUGCUAUAUAUAAUAUAUACAUGUAUUGUAUAUGUGAGAUUAUAAUGAGAGUUGUUGUUGUUGUGUGAUAUAUAUGUAUAUAUAAUAUAUGUGUAUGUGUGCAGUCCUAGUACUGGUGGAGUUGUCUGAUUGAGGCAUCUCUAUCAGGGGAAGUUGAAUGGAUCAUAUGAUCAUAUGGGCUAAGCUAAUUAGGCAGUGGGAUUUGCUUUGGCAUGCCUGCUAGCUCGGAGCCCUAAACGCAACAUUGCUUUGGUUUCUGUGUGCGGAGAGAGAGAGAGAGAGAGAGAGAAUCUUAAAUUCUUCUGCAGCUGUAUUUUAUUCCGUUCACUGCAGCACAAUGGUACGUAUUGGUGGGAAUCUGUGGGGGAAGCUCCUGCUCCAUCAAAUUUAACAAGCUAGCUUGCUGGAACUUGCAGCUUCUGCUUUAAUUGUUCUCUCUUCAUUGGCUUCACAACAGAUCUCUCUUGGAUUCUUAUUCAUGACAGGCGUUGAAGGGGAAUAUGUAUAUCAGAAGAUUGGAUAUGUGAUCGUGAUGCGUUUCUGAUCAGUUCACAACUCGAUCGACUGCUUUGGAGAAGAGAGAAUUCUAUUCAUUUUCAGGGUUUCCAGUUCAGAUCCAAUUAACUUGAAGAAGAUACAUUAAGUUCCCAUGGAGAAGCUGCUGAAUCCAUAUGACAAGCAAUACCUGAAGAUGGCCAUGUUGAAGCACGAAGAAACCUUCAAACAGCAGGUGUAUGAACUCCAUCGUCUUUAUAGGAUCCAGAAGGUAUUGAUGAAAAGCAUCAAGAACGGCAGGCCAAAUGGACAGAACCAAGAAAGAUGGGGAUCUGGGAAUGGGAUUAGUUUGACGACUGAUCAGAUCAAUGAUAAUCACCAUCGUGUUCAUCAAAAUCCUCGACCGGGAUUCGACUUGGAACAGCCUGCCAAGGAGAACAUUACAGAAUCAUCGGAUGAAAACGGAGAACCAGAGAUCGAAGACGAGAGCGAAAUCCAGCUGACGUUGGGCCCGACAAUUUACUACCAGAGAAAGAUCAAAGCCGAGACGCCACCAACUUCGGAUUCCGGGCCGAGCUUUUCUUCUUCAUCCACUGGUUCAAGCCAUAGGAGUAAAGAGUUAUUAACGGCCCACAAAUGGGGGCUAACAUUGGUGCCUGAAGCAAUCUCGGAUUUCCAAAACGCGAGAAGAAACAGCUUUGAUGUCGAAGAACAGGCGAGCCAAGAUAGAUUGAAACAGCCACCUUGGUUUUUCCAAGCUCUAAGCCUGAAAAUGACUUGAAAAAAUCUUCACUGUAGAUUGCAAGCUUCUUUAUGAUCGAUCUUUCUAAUUUGGUGAUUGAUGUUUGUGUUAAAGACGACUUUUUUUUUUUUUUUCUUGUUAGCUUUUUUUGGUGGGUUUUACGUAUAAAAACGGGUAAUGGAGUCUUGGGUGGAGUUUA